AACAAACUUUUCCUAUAACUUUGUCAUGUUGAAGCGUCUGUAGUGGUCUGUAGCAGGGGACCAGACAUCUCUUAACGAGGCGCAACUAGUGACAAAUGUAAACAUUUUUAUUGUUUUUCCCCAUGCGAAAACAUCAAAUUUUCGAUAAGCUUUGGUCUGUUUUGGUCCUGCUACAGUCAAUUAAAUUCAGUGUGUUUUUUUGUUGUCAUAGAAAUUAGUCAAAGAUUUAAUAGUUUAAAACAUAAAAAAAGUGUCAGUAGUUACGGAGGAGCAGUUCGCAAAUAAGACGUGUGCCCAGUUUUGGAAAUCAACAAAAAAUAGUAGAGAAUAUGUCUGAAGAUAAUUGGAAAACUCCUGAAUUACAGAAGGAAAUUGUUUCGGAAAUUGACAAAACUUUAGCUCAAUAUGGCAUUAGAUGUAUGGGAAGAACCACAGAUUUGGAAAAUAGUAUGAUUAAGAGGGCUAAAACUAUAGAGGAAUACUUGAAAUCUGUGAGAAAAUUAUUAAUCAAUUUAAUAGAAUUGAGUUCCAAAUAUGAAAAGCCUCCAUCUUCAAGUGACAUUAACACUUCAAGAAUAUUGUGAGGAAGUUUUUAAUGAAAAAUAUUGAUGAACAUCAGUAUUUAAAGCAAGAUGCUUUGAUUUUUUGAACAAGAGAGUACAAAUAAUUUAAUAUCGCAUUUAUUCAACUUCUUAUAUUUUUAUGUGUUUAUUAUCGCAAGAAUAGAAUUAGAAGUUAAUCAGUAGAUUAAAGUAGUCAUAUUUCAUCCCAACAUAAAUAGUUCUAGAUACGAUAAAAUACAGGCGUCCCUGAAUUUAUGCGGACAGAAAAUAUAAAUAAAUAACGUAGCCCAUUUUUUGCCGUGAACGUUUUACAAAAACUCAUUAUACUUGCGUAAAAUAAUGCAUUAUUUUAAUAUUCAGACGUUAGAAUCAGACGAAGUUAACAACGGUUGACAACCUUUUUACCAUACUUUUUAGAUUACAGACUAAAUUUACGCGAUUUUCAUUAUUGUAAAAAAAUCCACGUGGAACGGAUUUUUUUUUAAAGUAACGUCAAAUUAUUUAUUAAGAAAUAUAAAUAAAAAAGUUAUUGCUUUCGUUAACUUUUCUUAAUGUAUACCAAUUUUCGGACGGUGGAAGUAAGACAUAAUUUCAUUGAAAACCAACAACUUAAAAUAGUGUAUGCUACAAAUAUUACCAUAAUCAAUAAUAUUACAAUAUACCAUCAAAGACCCUUCUUCUUCUUUUAAACCUGCCUGCCUUCACUUAGCUUGUGUAAAGCAUAAUUUCGGCAACUACCGCCUAGUGAUCAUAUGCAAAUGUAUAUCACAACAGAGGACUAAAACACAUAAAGACGAUGAUCAAACCGGGACUCUGCGUUUCAGUACAGUUGGAAUGUGGUGAGUCUCGGAAGACUACACAUCCGACUGCAGACAUUAGUAAUCGGAGCUAGGCAGUUAAAUUUUGAAAUCAUGUAGAUGAAAAAAUGAAGUUCCAUAUUUGUGCUGUGUUGAUCAUCGGUUAUUAAAAUAUGUAUAGGAAUAUGGUCAUCGUAACAAAAUCAUUAUGUUUAUUUGAUUUUCGGUACAAAUUGUAUACUAUCAAAUUUAAAUUGCAUAGUACCUUCGUUACUUUGUAUAUGAAAUUGCUUUUAAUAUUAUGAAUUGUUCAAUUUCAUAUCAAGUGGACAGUA